AUGGCGGCCGGGAAGAAGACUAAGAAGACUCAUGAGAGUAUCAACAACAGACUCGCUCUCGUGAUGAAGAGCGGCAAGUACACUUUGGGAUACAAAACCGUGCUCAAGUCCCUCAGGACCUCCAAAGGAAAGUUGAUAAUAAUUUCCAACAACUGCCCUCCGCUAAGGAAAUCUGAGAUCGAAUACUAUGCUAUGCUUGCGAAGGUUGGGGUUCACCAUUACAAUGGAAACAAUGUUGAUCUGGGAACAGCGUGUGGCAAGUAUUAUCGUGUCUCAUGCCUAAGCAUUGUUGAUCCAGGUGAUUCUGAUAUCAUCAAGUCGCUGCCCGGAGAUCAGUGAUACAACCUUACUAUGAGGUUGAGAAAUCUUGAAGUGUCCUUAUAGUAGGGGAUAGAUAUUAUCUUUAGUUGUUGAGCCACCAGAAGAUCCGCAUAUUUCCCAUUUCGGGUGUUUUCAUAGUAUAAGUUUGACCGAAUAAUAGUUCCAUCAGGCAUUGAAAGUUAUAGUAUGGAUUAUUUAAGUUAUUUUGAGUGCAUGUGGUAUUCUAUUAAUUGCUUCCUUUUUUGCUCAAGUGUGGAAGUGAAUUCACCAGUUGGCCCUUCCUGUAGUGCUUAAGGCCAAUUUGCAGUGCCUUGUGUUGUCUUGACGAAUGAGUAAGCAGUCAUGAAAUCCGACACUUUUGUGUUAGCUGUGGAGGUUUGUUUUAUCAACAUAAGACGUGUGCCAGAAGAUUGCUUUAUUGGAUGAAUAGGAUGCUAAUUGUAGCAUGAUAUGAGUGAAUAGUGACAGUGA